GCAGACGUAACUGAAUUGUACAAAUGAGCCAAAUUGCACGAUCUGAUAUCCUCGUGUCGGUGUUGUUCCCACAUCAUCAUAAUAAAUGUUGUUCCAGGGUCCACAUUACAAGUAACCAAUCACCUUCUUGUGACGUCAUACUUUUGCGACUUCGAAAAAUACCCGCCUUAAAAAAACAAAUGUUCUUCGAGAAACCGCCUUUUGUCGUCCGAUCCAGCAAUUUCAAUUCCUCUCAAGAUACUUUUCUUUAAUAAACGAAAUGGACGAUAUAAUUAGAAGAAGUGUUCUGAAUGACGAAAAAAAAAGAACUGGAAAAGAUACACAACUUUGUGUGCAUGUGUCACAAUGCCAGGAGGACCCUCGUUAACUCAUUAACCCUUCAUGGACAUUAUAAAUGUUUAAAUGUGGCCUCAGGUAAAGACAGGAAAAGAGACUAUUACAAAUUCAACGGCAUCAGAGCUGGGGAAAAAAAGUCGAAACAGCUACAGAGCAGUGGGCUGUAAGGCCUAUGUUUCAUUUAAAGUACUCAAAUGUUGGAAAGACCACACAGUCAUCGUGCAGCGUACAUAUGAUAAGCAUGAUGGGCAUGAUCCUUCGGACCCAAAAGACGCACAUUUCAACAAUAUUUCCAGUGAUUUGAGGAGGAAGAUUGAGGAACUGCUUUCCCUUGGAACUAAGCCAGCCAUCAUACUAACCGAAUGUCAUAAAUGGGCCAAAGAACAUGGACACAGAGAUCUUCACAACAGAGAGCAUUUUGUCACACCACGUGACAUUGACAGAGUUAGAACCUGCAUGAUGAGGAAGAAGCACUUUAACUGUGGAGACAGUCAAAGUGUACAUACCUUACUUAAUGGAAAACAUCAAGAACAUGUUCUCUUCUGUCAACCAUACACAUCUGACCAAGAACUAAUGAUUGUUUUGCAGACACCUGUAAUGAAAUCAAACAUGGAGAACUAUGCAAAACAGUUAGUAUUUGUUGACACCACCCACUGUGUUAACCAGUAUUCAUUUCCCUUAUUCACACUUGUUGUAAGAGAUGAUCAUGGGCAUGGAGUCCCUGUGGCCUAUGCUAUUGUCAGCAACGAAAGUCAGAAAACCCUGGAAACUGUUCUUGGAAUAGUUUGUGAGCAUUUCCCAACUUCCCCGAGAGCAUUUAUGGUUGACAAAGACUUUGCGGAAAUAAAUGCUUUGCAGAAGGUUUUUCCAGAGUCAGCUAUCCUUCUAUGCUGGUACCAUGUCUUGCAGGCUGUUAAUCGAUGGCUUUCAAAAUCAGAGUCCGGGGUCCAUGGGCUUUCUAACACCCAAAAGAGAAAUGAAAUCAUUUCUUUCUUUUGUAAGCUGAAAGCUUGCACAUCUGUAAGUGUAAUUUGUCUAUUUCACAUUUUGAGUUCUUGAUUACACUAAGAGCAUAAUAACUUUCAGUUGCUAAAAAAAGUUACAGAGAGAUAAAAAAUAGAUUUUUGAAAUGAUUUCUAAAACUGGCUUCUUAUCUUGCUUAUCAAAACAAGUACUUAAGCUGUGCAGACCAUCAUUGUGUCACCCACUGUGCAGUAGAACUUGUGAGUGGGAUUCUUUCACAGACAGAUGCUGAAACCAAAUAUGCUUAUAGGUUUAGUGUUCCUUCUUAGCCAUUGUAAGGGAAGAAAUAAUUGCUUCUUAAUACAAAAACAUGACAUAUUAUUAAUAACUUAAAACAUGAAAAACAGGUUUGCUGACACCUUGUCUCAAGUUUCAGACUCUGCUUCAAGACUGAUGGAAAGUGGUUGGGCUCUUAAAAUUACAGUCAAGAACAGCCAUGGAGUUAAUGCAUAUCAAGUCCCAUCUGAGUCAAGAGAAGACAUAGUGUAUGAUGUCUGCCCUGUUGAGUCCUACUGUAACUGUACAUAUGGCUUACGAGGACUUCUUUGCAAGCAUCUAGUGUUACUUGCAAAAUUAGCAGAGGUUGACAAUGACAUCUAUCCAAACAUGGAAACAGACAUUUCUACCUUGGCAAGAAUUGCAGUGAAAGAAAGGCAUUACUUUGUACACUGUGAGGACUUGAAAGUGAUAAAAAUGCCAAGUUUGUUUGGAAAUCUGUUUUUUUGCAUCGGCUAAAACACUUCAGUGCACUUGUUGUACGUUCUCUCACUAUAACACAUGUGCUUGCCUGAAGGUGGCUUGUAGCCAUUUUAAACAAAUGAAAAACUCUCUGAAAAGUCCUUUAUCAACUUUGAAUGACACUCCUGUAGUUGAAAGCACAGACAAAAAAUGCACAGAAGAUGCGGUUGGAAAACUAAAUGCUGUU